GCUCCCGCCUGCGGCGACCUUUGGCCUCGUCUGGUUGCUGGGCGACGGACGGGCGAGGCCUGGGCGGACCUGAGGCAGCCAUGGAGCCCGACCCGAAGGCCUUCUACGUGCUGAGCAAUCUGGCCGAGGUGGUGGAGCGGAUCCUGGCCUUCCUGCCCAUCAAAGCUCUCCUGCGGGCGGCUUGCGUGUGCCGGUUAUGGAGAGAGUGUUCCCGUCGGCUGCUGAGGACUCGGCAGAGUUUCACCUGGGUCUCUAUAGCUGAACUAGGGGAUCAUCUGGUUGAGGCAUUAGCAGAUGAGCUUGAAAAGAUCCAGGUGCUGCCCCAGACGGCGUUUUACAUAGCGGAUGCGGAGAAUUUCGGCGGCUGCGAAGAAUAUUGCCGCAGGCCGAAGAGAGCUCGAAGAAUACACAGAAAGGAAUCGGCCGUCGCUUUAGAAAAGCUACUCCCCAAACGAUGCCAAGCCCUUGGGUUGGUGACACCUGGGGUCGUAGUCACCCCGACAGGACCUCGCAGCGGCCGGCCUCUGGAAAUCGAAGAAGGUGUGGCAGGCUUUGUGUUGUUGUUCCCCAAGAUCGAUGGAGUGAAGAUUCAGACCUUCCACCUUUUGAAAGACCCGAAGUCCAAAGUCAUCGAUGAAGACCAGUUUGCUGAAGCAGGUCUGAAGAACAACCCGGAUCUCAGAGUGGUUCUCCUGUUUGGGUACAACGCCUGGAGGUCAGGAUUAACGCGGUUCCUGCAGCAGAUAGUCAACCGCUUGAACGAAAAAAGCAUCAUCUUGGCCGGGGGACACGUGGACAACUACACGUCCGUGACUUUUGGGAGCAACACUAAGCCUGCCGAAUCCUGCGGCGUUGUUGGCUUGACGUUUAGCGGACCUCAGAUCCAGAGCGCCUCCGUUUUGUUAGAUCAGGAUGUAUUCGAUGAGAAGACGUUGGAAGCGGCGAUGCAGCGCCUCAAGGCGGCGGGCAUCCCCGAACACAACACCGUCGGCUUCAUGUUCGCCUGCGUGGGCCGGGGAUACCAACAUUACAAAACCAAGGAGAACCUCGAAGCGGACACUUUCCGGAAGUUCUUCCCCAGCGUUCCGCUCUUCGGCUUUUUCGGACACGGGGAGAUAGGAUGCGACCGAAUUGUAACUGGGAGUUUUAUACUCCGGGAAACGAAUAACGUCAAAGAUGACCUGCUUCACGGUUACACCACUGUGAUGACCCUCGUCCACCUGGGCUGAGCCAAAGCAAACUGAUCUUAAAUCUGUCGUGGCUGGUGCCCCGGCGGGGUCACAGGGCAGCUCCCCAUUUCAGAAGCGUUUAAAAAAGGAACAAAAAACUAGGGACCGCCUACACGGUUGUCUCCUGAAAGACAAAGGUGACCAUUGUCCUUUUGGUUUUAUGAUUUCCAGCUGGCAUAAAGAUUAGUUUAGGUGAGCGAGGACUCCCCCCCCCUUCAUGUACAGUUUUAAAAUUGCAAAUGUGUCAGUUCUGUAGUAAAAUUUUGAUUUUGCUCCUCCGCUGGACAGAACGACGCUUGGUAUUAUGUUCAGACUUGCCAGGGACUGCAUCUGGGUGGGACUGAAAUAUCAGGACUGCCACAUGGGAUCUGUGGACUGACUUUCCCAUGCUGACCGAGUUUGGCACUGAACGCCUCAUACGCUUGGUUGUGGUGUCUUCUUUUGGGAUGUAUAUCUGCUUGCCUGAAGCAGGCCCUCUUAUGAGAUCACUUAUUUGUGAGGUCAGAUGGUUAAUAUCCACAAGUGAGUGGCCAAAUAAAAAUACAGCAUACUUCCCCCCCCCCCCCCUAGAGCUUUAUGCUGUGUCAGCUUCUGCACUUAGGAAAGAAUAAAGGCAGCCUGUAGGGUUUUUCAGAAAACGUGGAUUGGAAAAUGCCCUUGGCUAAAAUUGGAUUUUAUCAUAAAUUAUAGAAGCUGCUUGAUCUCCCUGUCCUCCUCGGAUCAGAAUAUUUCAGGAUUCUGUUCCGAAUCCCACAAUCUGAAGCACCUUUAUUUAGAAGCAAGCCUUACUGGCUUACGUGUUUCUUUUCUCUCACUGCUUCAGCCGCUACUGUUUAGGGUCACCUUUAGAAAACAAACAAAAAGAUCUAAUGUGAGCAAGAGGGCAGAGAAGAUUCUGAGUGAAGAGGUGUGUUUGUUGGAAAUGCUUUCUGCCAGCCUGAGCAUAAACAGCAGCAAAAGAGAGAGAGAGAGAGACAUUUGUGUCUGGAGGAAGGGGUGUGGUCGCUGGAUGGAACAAGUGGCACGAGGGAUUCUCGACUUGCUUACACGGUAUUGCUGUAUGACCAAAACUUGGUUUUGCUGUUCAGUAAAAAAAAAAAUGCGCAACUGCAGUACCAAUAAAGCAGUGUUCUUGUGUU